GCCGAAAGUGGUGGUUGUGUUUUAGGGAGCUCCCAAAAUAUUGUUACCUUGGAUGUAUUGGAGACAAAUAUCAGAACAAUAUUGGAUACAUGUGAUUCUGUACCAAAAAGUACAGUAGUGGAGAAUCUUAUAUACGAAAUCGAUAAUGAAGAGGACCUAAAAUCUGCCAGAGAAAGAUUAUUCUCUUUGUCUAAGAGAAAACUAAAGGAACAGUAUAUAGCCCUAUAUGAAAUAAAAGAUGAGGAAUAUAGGCAGCCAGAUUUGAAACUAGUGAAUAGAACUGGAGAUGGAAAGAUGGCUAAUAUUGCUGUGGAUAUCUAUGAUAUGUUUACAUAUAUAUCAGAUAACUGUGAUAAUGAUGAUUUCCCCAAAACUAUAUUAUCUAGUAAAAGUCUGUCAACAUUGCCAAGUUUGAAGGAUGAUAUUAUGAAGCCUCUCAGAUCAAAGGUCACGGAAUUAUACGCUAAACUAGCAAUGGCUAUGAAUACUAUUGUUGAACUAAAAGAUAAAAUGGAUAAGAUUGAGGAGAAACACAAUGAAGAAAUGGAUGAUAUGAGACAACAGAUGGAAUCUAUACAGCGAACUUUGUUGAAAGGGCCAACACUACAAGUAGGUAGCCCUAUUUCUUCACCUUCAAUACCUGACCUCAAUGAACCACAAAGGACCUUAAAUGCGCUAAUUAACCCUAAUAUUGUUAGCACUCCAAAAGUUAUUUCAACUUAUAAUACUUCGUUUGGCAGAGGCCGAGGUCGUAGAGAUGCCCUAACAAUAACAAAGCUCAUUUUGAACUCAGAUACAAACAACUCAGUGGUGCCUGUUAGUGGACAGUUUGACAAUGGAGUUAUCAGCCAUGCAAGCGGAAAAACCAAAACAGUGUCAAAAACUGUGCCAGGUCAAAGUGUACAGUGUGAUCCUAAUACAGUCAAACCUGUUGUGGUUGAGCAGGAAAAUCCUGAAUCCAAAUGUGAUAAAUAUGAUAAAACACUUGAAAAUGAUGAAUCCAUAUGUGACAUGUAUGACACAAUCAGCACCAAUGGAAAAACAUGGGCACAAAUAAUAAAUGAGCAUGAUGACAAGGAACCAAAACAAAACACCCGUAUGAGUACAACAUGGGAAACAGCACAGACACGAAAACAGAAACUUCGAUCGAGGAGACAAUCUAAACCUGAAAAAAAGCCACAGUUAAAAGGUGUAAAACAUGAGCAAUCAAUACAUAUGUACGUCGACAAUGUUGCUGUAAGUAAUGAUGUGACACCUGACAUAGCAAUGGGCCUAGUAAAGCAGCACCUGAUCGACAAUGGUAUUCGAGUGAUGAGAUGUAACAUUAUUCGAAAAAAGAUGUUCGACGAUAGCAUUGGGGUGAAAGUAGUAGUACCGUUAUUGUCAAUUGUAGAAAUGAAAGAUCCUUAUUUUUGGCCCGAUUCAAACAUUCAGUGUCGAGAAUGGCAGCGAUAUCCAUCACGUUCUAAUAAUAAAGACAAAGGACAACAUCAGACUCGCUACACCAGACUAGUUACACCACCCCGCUUUGACAGUAACGGAUGGGACAGGCGUUAUGGAAAUGAUAAUGUUGAUUAG